GUUCGUUGUCAUUACGCCGUGAGGAAAAUGGCUAGGAUCGAUGGAGCUUGAUGACGAUUUCGGAUGUAAAUAUCAGAGCAGAAUGCUGCGGCUAGCCAGCUCUCAUCACCAACUACCAUGAGCUCACUGCGAAAUCACCGGGUCAUCAUCGCUUCCCUUUUCUUGCCCACAACCGCAGUUAUAGGUGAAAGCAACCCACCAACUCCAGACAUCUACGCUCGUGAAGUCGGGACAAAUGCUACACAGGAUUUGGGCGGUCGUCCUCCAGCAUUCAGACACGCAUCAUCACGAUCCAUUGGUAGCACGCCAGCCCCGCUGAAGAGCAUAGUCGAUGACUUAAAAUCUCGUGCCAUCACGCCAAUCAGUACUCCUCCCUCUGAAUUAAAUCCUUUCUCCAAAUUCGCUUCUCUAGCUCCAUCCCCUGCACGCAAUGGCGCCAUUUCACCCCCUUCCAUCCAAAGCAUCGACGCAUCCCUCGCAAAGUUCCAGCCCGAUCCAGUCCAUGCAGUCCGUCUCCAACGCAGGUCAUCUUCAAAACCCCCUAAGUAUCCCUCCCUCACCCGCUCCUACUCCUAUUCAAAUCCGAACUCCGAACCCUACCACUUGGCUCCAAACAUCCACUGCAACGGCGGUCUCAAGAAUGCAGUCGACAGUGUCAAAGACCGCAUGACCAGAAAGCUCUGGGUCGGAACUCUCGGCAGCAGCACAGACGCAUACAGCACAGAACUCAAAGCCAGCGUCGAUCGCAGGAUGAAGGAAUUGCAUUCUAGUUUGCCUGUUUGGAUCCCAGAUGCAGAGCUUGAGAGUUGUUAUGAUGAGUUUUGUCAUCAGGUCCUUUGGCCGUGUCUUCAUUAUGCAGUCCCUGAUGCACCAAAAACGAAACUCUUCUUCGAGAGCGCGGCGUUCAAGCAGUAUGUCGCUGUCAAUAAGCGGUUUGCAGAGGCUAUUGAGAGCGUGUGGACGGAGGGCGAUGUCGUCUGGAUUAACGACUACCACCUCAUGCUCCUCCCCCUCCUCCUCCGCCAAAGCACACGCGUACCCGCUCUUGCACGCGCUCCUAUCGGGUUCUUCAUGCACGUCGCUUUCCCGAGCAGUGAGAUAUUUAGAUGCCUAAGCGUACGAGAACACCUCCUCCGAGGUAUGCUCGGCGCGGACCUUGUAGGGUUUCAGACUGCCAGUUAUGCGAGGCACUUUAGACAAACCGUCUCCCGUAUUCUUGCCGUUGAAGCGUUGCCCAAGGGGAUUCAGGUCGAAUACGGUAUCCCAGGCGGCGCCCGCGAAGGCCACGGCCGCUUCGUAGAUGUCGGCGUCUUCCCCAUGGGCAUAGACGUAGGCGCUCUCCGCGAACGAAGACGCGAACCCGACGUCUCUUAUUGGGUCCAAACAUUGAGGCAGCGGUACGCAGGGAUGAUGAUUGUCGUUGGGAGAGAUAAGUUGGAUGAGAUCCAGGGCGUCCGGCAUAAACUCGAAGCGUUUGAACUCUUUUUGAAAAAGUAUCCAGAGUAUCAAGGAAAAGUCCUCCUUCUCCAAGUAGCCCUCCAAACAACCGAAUCCAACGAACUAGCAGCAGGCGGCGUCUCAGAUGUCGUAUCCCGCAUUAACAGUGCAUUCAGCACGCUCACCUAUCAACCAGUUGUGUUUUUACAUACGCAGGAAGUCACGUUUAGUCAGUAUUUGGCGCUUUUGACUGUGGCGGACGCGUUUUUGGUUACUAGUUUGAGGGAGGGGAUGGCGUUGAGGACACACGAGUUUGUUGAGUGUCAAGAUGGGAGACAUAGGCCAUUGAUUCUGAGUGAGUUCACCGGAUCAUAUAGUUACAGCGGGUUCAGGUCCUGCAUCGCUGUGAACCCGUAUGAUACACAUGGAACUGCCAAGGCAAUUUAUCAGGCGUUGACUAUGAGUGAUGAGGAGGCGUUGUCGAGGUGGGAGGACCUCCACAACCAUGUCGUGACACAAACAGCCCAAACCUUCGUAACCUCCUUCCUCACGCGCUGCCUUCGCGCCAACACCGAACACACCACCCAACUGGACCUCAAUGCCGUCCCUGCGCUCAACACCACGCUGCUCCUCCCACGAUACAAACACUCUUCUCGCCGUAUCAUCCUGCUCGAUUUCGAAGGCACGGUCUGGCGCCGAGACUUGUCGCGCGCUGGACUCCUCGCGCCGUUCGUGCCCCCCGAAGGAGUAGUGGAGCUCCUAAAUAAGUUUUCUGCGAAUAAGCGGAACGAGGUGUGGUUGCUCAGUGGGUUACCUGUCAAGAGCCUCGAGCAAGUCGCUGCGAAAGCGCCUGGGGUGGGUAUAGUAGCAGAGAACGGAUGCUUUGCGAAGAUCCCCGUGCAGAAUGGGAAAGGAGGGGUGUGGAUAAGUAUGGUUGCGAAUUUGAACUUGACGUGGAAAGGUCUUUGUGUGGAGAUUUUGAAUUAUUUCACGGAACGAACGCCUGGUUCGUUUGUAGAGGAGCGCGAGGCGUCUGUGGUGUGGCGCUUCUGGACUGGUCCGACGGAUGAUUGCUCGGAUCGUCAGUGGGCGAGACGUCAGGCUGCUGAAGCGCAGAAUCAUAUAUUUGAUAGCCUCGGCGAGCGUUACGGCCUCCGCAUAAUCCCAGGCUCAAAUUCCUUCCUAGUCCUUCCAAACAACAUCUCCCGCUCCACAGCAGUAGGCGCGAUCCUGCACCCCGGCGGACCAGCCCACUCCCCCCGCUCCUCCUCGAUGCCUGAUCUGGACGUACCAGUGAACGGAGGAGGAGGUGAAGCGGGGUUCGUGUUCGCUGUAGGAGGUGACGAGAAGUUAUUGAGGAGGUUGAAUGAGUUGGAUAAUGCCGAGACGGUGUCGACGAGUGGGAAGGGGACAGAUGCAAAGUGGAAAGUGGAUGCUGGGGAUGUGGGGGAUGUGAUGUGGUUGUUUGCGAAUUGUCCGUAAGGGGCGGUGGAGGUGUAUCUUGGUAAUGAGUUUGAAUAUGUAUGAUGUGCUGCUAGAUAUUGGUUAUGGUUCGUGCGUGUCAGUCAUUUGUAGAUUUCGGCGUCGUGUGCAUUCUAGCUAAUGUUUUAUAGAUGUAAAACACAUAUUCAUAUUUGACAUACGUAUAUGAUAUAUGAUAUCUUGUGCCUUUACUUUCGGGUUCGCUCUUGCCCGCGGCACAUACCUGCUGUCGAGGUGGGUUCCGUCUGGGCAAGUUCAUCCAUUCCCCCUGUCCUAUACCUUUCAAAUUUAGUGAACGAUCAAUUGGUUAGUUAAAUGCUCUGUCACGCGAACAUCGAGCGCUUGAGAUUAAU